UCAAUAGAUGACUCUGCGAUAAGAAAGCAGCAAUUCAGAUGCAAUUAUAUAAACAGUAAGAUCAGCCUGGAAUUAGCCUGGAGAGUAUAAAGCACACACACAGCUUGUGCUGGGUCACUGCCUCUCCCAGCUCAAGGCAGAAUCAGGUUCCUGUAAUAGGGAAGAAUUCAGCUGACAAGAGCAUGAAUCCCUUCUUUGUGAUGUCUCUCCUCUUUGGCCUGACUUUUGGUCAAACAGCAUCACUUUGUGCUCCUUCAGAGUACACAAUCCACGUGGAGAAAAGGGAAUGUGCCUACUGCCUGGCCAUCAACACCACCAUCUGCGCUGGAUUUUGCAUGACUCGGGACAGCAAUGGCAAGAAGCUGCUACUCAAAAGUGCUCUGUCCCAAAACGUGUGCACAUACAAAGAGAUGUUGUAUCAAACAGCACUGAUUCCGGGCUGUCCUCAUCACACCAUCCCUUACUAUUCCUACCCUGUGGCCAUAAGCUGCAAGUGUGGUCAACCAUCCCCUUCUGAGUUUCAAAGUGAUCUGAGCGCCAUCAUAUUUGCUGAACAUGCACAGGUGAGAAGUGCAGACCCAGGAAUUUGGAAAUAAAUGUAAAAUAAUAAACGUUUCCUUUUCUUUAGCUCUGAUGAUUCAGUGGCAAGUUUUGAUUGUACUAGACCAACCACUGGGAAUGAGAGCUAGUUUCCCCCUGGUUUAACUGAUCCCAACACAAAGUAGAACAUACAGAAUUCAGUGGUAACUUUGCCCCUCACCUCUAUUACCUACAACAGGAGUGAUGAAAACACAGUUUGAUCUGUAUCUGCUCAAGUGAAUGUGAUGCCUGCUGAUCCAAGAGCACUAUAGAUAGACAGCAGGACUACACUGAAGACAUGAAUAGGGCUGACCAA